CUUCUUUUGUCUUUCUCUACUUUCAUCUACUUUGUCAAUUUAUUUUACUUUUCUUUUAAUUAAAUUAAAAGAUACACUUUGUUUGCUUUUGCACAACUGCACUUACUUAAACCUCUACGGAGUAUUUCAGAGAGAAAAAAAUAGUGCUUUGUCACACUUUGAAGACAAAGCCUUCAGUUUCACAUCUCACUUCCAAAAUGCCUUGAUUCUCUACUCUUCUAAUUUUACCAAUUUUUCUUCCUCUUUUAUUCUAAAAAAAGGGAGUUUUUUAUUUUUAUGUUCAACCUGCUCUUUUUUCUUAAAUUAGUAAUAAAAUGUGUAGAGAUUUCAAAGCUUUCAGCAUAAUUUCAUCUGGGUAUUUGAUUAUCUGAAUUGGGUUGUCUUAUUUUUAUUAUUUUCGAGGAAAAUUUGAGCUGAUUUUGUUUGAAAAUGGAGAUAGAAUUAGCAAACAAAGUUGCAGUAGAAAGUGGGCAUAGAGUUUUAUCUCUCCUUUGUGAGAAACAAGAUUCCCAUAAAUUAAAUUUAAUGGCAGAAACUGGUGAUGCAGUUUGCAAAUUCAACAGAGUAAUUUCUCUUGUUGGUAAAAAAGGUUUUGGUCAUGCUAGAAUGAGAAGGUUAAAGAAUUUACCUUCAUCUUUACCUGAAAAUAUGUUAUUGGAAACCCCACAUUUACGGCCUGAAUCUGCAGGAAAACCCAUAGAAUUGCUACCUUCCUCUGAAAAUUUCAAAAACUCAGUUUCAGAAAUUGACCAAAAAGUUGUGAAUUUACCUCAAAUUGGCCAGAAAGUGUUUGCAGAAAAGGGUUCAAUUGAUUUUACUUUAUCAGUGAAGCUUCCUGUUCAAAAUUGUACCCACCAAAAUUUACCACAAAAUCUUGAGUUUUUACAGCAACAGCAGCGGCAACAGUUUCAGCAGCAGAUGUUGCAGAGAGUGCAACUUGAGCAGCAUAUGAAAUACCAAGCUGAAAUGAUGAACAAUUCUUCUAGGAGUGGUGGAAAUGGAAUAAAUUUGAAGUUUGAUGGGUCUAGUAUUUGUACUCAAACCAUGUCAUCUAAUAGGUCCUUUGUAUCUUCCUUGAGUAUGGAUGGGAGUGUGACGAAUCUAAGCCAGAAUUCGUUCCAGUUGUUCGGUUUACCUCAGUCGUCUGAUCCGAAUUCGCAGCAUCUAAUUAGGAAGAGGUGUCUUGUUAAGGAUGAAGGUGGGAGUUUGAAAUGUGGGAGUGGUUCUAAAUGUCAUUGUUCAAAGAGGAGGAAAUUGAGAGUUAAGAGAUCCAUUAAGGUGCCUGCAAUAAGUAACAAGAAUGCAGACAUUCCUCCUGAUGAUUUUUCAUGGAGAAAGUAUGGGCAGAAACCAAUUAAGGGGUCACCACAUCCAAGGGGAUACUAUAAGUGCAGUAGUGUGAGAGGCUGCCCAGCAAGGAAACAUGUAGAGAGGUGCUUAGAGGAACCUUCAAUGCUGAUAGUCACAUACGAGGGUGAGCAUAACCAUGCCAAGUUCAUAGCUUCUCAUUCUUGGCAGACUUGAAAUAUCAGUUGAACUUGUUUGGAAAAUCCCGGCGUAGAUACAGCAGAGCCAUACCUACCAAUUUGUGGUUUGUGGUUUGUGGUUUUGCUUUGCUCUUGUGUAUAUUAAUUAGUAUUAAAUUAUUAAUAUGGGGUUAAAUUAUUACAAGGCUGUUUAGUGAAGGUUUUUAGUUAUGGUUUGUAAGGUUUGAGCCACAGACCACAGAGCUAGACAGGAAUACCCUUAUAGUUUAAAUGGUUUAGAAAUUGGAUUUCCUGUAAACUUUCUCUCUUUUCUACUGUAAGUCCUGAUUAAACAUCAGUAUCAAUUUCAUCUCAAUGCGACCCUAUUAAGUGGCUGGGGUCUGCAUUGAAGAUUUUGCUGUAUUUUCGAUCAUACUUGAGAGUACAUGUAACCAUGUAUGUACAUUGUGCAGUAGCUAUGUUGGCGAAUGAAAGAGACUAGUCUGUAGUCAGUACGCGAGAGAGUAACAACACUAGCAAGGUGGCACUGUUUACUUGUUAGUGCAUAAUGAAUUUAUAAGCAUGAGAA